AUGAAUUCCCCCGCUGCUGCGCUCGCGCGCAUUGAUGCAGGCUCGCUCGCAGAUAUUUUUGAGGAUCGCCCUGGCAGGGUCGAACACCCCGUCAUGCAAUGUGUUCAGAUCAAGCCCAUUGCCACUCAACAAGGCGGCCAGGAGCGCCAUCGAGUCAUUUUUAGUGAUACGAAGAACUACAUCCAGACAAUGCUGGCCGUGCACCAGAAUCAGCUUGUAGAGGAGAAGAUUCUCCGCAGAGGAGUCCUCGUGCAACUGAUGGGAUACUCCGCGAACAAGGUUAAGGCUAAACGUAUCCUGAUCGUGACCGACAUUAAAGUGCUCGAAGAAUAUGGAGAGCACGAGAAACUUGGGGACCCGAAACCACUGGAGUUGAAGGUUGAAGAGGAGGAAAAGGCCUACCCAACAUCCAUCACGAGCAAUGGAUUCUAUGGAAACAAGCAAGAGCAGCCGAAACAGAGCCGCCCCGUGGGCCACGUGAAACCCUCCUCGUCGGCCCACGCGAAUAUCUACCCCAUCGAAGCGAUUUCCCCCUAUUCCAACAAGUGGACGAUCAAGGCGCGUUGCACAAGCAAAUCGGACAUCAAGACGUGGCAUAACCGCAAUGGCGAGGGCAAACUGUUCAGUGUGAACCUCUUGGAUGAGAGUGGCGAAAUCCGGGCUACUGGUUUCAAUGACCAAUGUGACCAACUCUAUGAUUUGUUCCAGGAGGGCAGCGUCUACUACAUUUCGAGCCCUUGCCGAGUCACUUUGGCGAAGAAACAGUUUUCAAAUCUGGCAAACGACUACGAGCUUCACUUUGAAAAAGACACCACUGUUGAGAAGGCUGAGGAGCAAGACGGUGUUCCCCAGGUUCGAUACAACUUCACCACAAUCGCGGACUUGCAAUCCGUGGAGAAAGACACCACCAUCGACGUCAUCGGCGUACUCAAGGACAUUGGCGAGACUUCGCAGAUCACGUCGAAAACCACAAGCAAGCCAUACGACAAGAGGGAGCUCACUCUGGUUGACAACACUGGAUAUUCGGUACGCCUGACCAUUUGGGGGAAGACCGCGUCCUCCUUUGACAUACCGCCUGAAUCGGUCGUGGCCUUCAAAGGUGUCAAAGUCUCCGAUUUUGGCGGACGCAGCUUGAGUCUGCUAAGUUCCGGAUCGGUGACCGCCAAUCCUGACAUGCCUGAAGCACACAGAUUGAAGGGAUGGUACGAGGACCAAGGUCGGAGUGGUAAUUUCGCGACCCAUGCCGGUAUCCAAGGCGCCGUUGCACCUGGCAGCGGUUCUCGAGGCGAUCCAUUCAAGACCAUCGCGCAAGUCAAAGACGAGCAACUGGGGAUGUCGGACAACGCCGAUUUCUUCUCCGUCAAGGCAUCAAUACAAUACAUCAAGCAGGACAAUUUCUGCUAUCCGGCAUGUUUGUCGGAAGGAUGCAACAAGAAAGUCUUUGAGAUCGACCCCGGUCAGUGGCGCUGUGAACGGUGUGACAAGAGCCACCCUAAACCUGAAUACCGAUACAUCAUGUCGGUCAAUAUCAGUGAUCAUACUGGUCAACUCUGGGUCAGCUGUUUCGACGAAACAGGAAGAUUGGUCAUUGGCAUGACUGCGGAUGAGUUGAUGGAGAUCAGGGAGGUGGACGAGAAGAGACUCGCCGAGAUAUUCUCCGAGGCCAACUGCAAGACGUGGAAUUGGAAGUGCAAGGCGAAGCUCGACACAUUUCAAGAACAACAACGGGUUCGAUACCAAGUCACGUCGGCAUCGCCGUUGAACUAUGUGGUAGAGUCGCAGAAACUGAUUGAUCUGAUCAAGCAAUACAACAUCGAUUAA